AACUACUAACUGAAGAGUCUCAAUGUUGAUGUUGAGUGACGGGAAGAAAGACCGGAUGAGUCAGCCGAGGGAGGGCGGGGCGGCUUCAACUUAAACCAUACAAUACCUUAUUUUGGGGUUAACUCACUCACCUACCUUUCUGCUGACUUGAUGGCUUGCAAUGAACGUAUACUGCAAUAGGUGUAUCUGUUUCACCUGGAGAUAUAGGUACAUACCUACCUACUGCACGAUUUCUUCCGCCAUCGUCUGUCUGUCUGUCUGUCGGCGAUGUUCGGGGGGAUCUGAGAAAGAGAGGAUCCAGACCGAUAGGAAAUGUGAUGAAUCCAGUGGCGUGCAAGACUACGGAGGACUCCAAGGAAAUACCGCACGCCCACCCUGGACCUCGGGCUUGCUUGCUCUUUGGAAACCUACAGGAAACCCAUGGAAAACAGCUUCCCGAUCCCGCCAGCGCGGCCCGUCCGGCAGUAAGAUGUCGAUGGGGGAGCCGAACCCAGACAAAACAGAUGAUAGCCGCCAAAGGAAAAAGUCUGUGCUCGAGUCAAAAGACUGUCGGAUACUCAUCCACCCACAGAAUCUUACACAUCGCAAGAUUCCUGAGCCUCUCCACCACUAGUCGAAGGGUUCCAAAUCACCUGUGCUCCCAAAUGGACUAGUGUCACCUGUCGAAUCGAAGGUCAUUCUGAAUGUAGGUCUUUAUGUAUCACCCUCUGCUAGCUAACUUAGACUAUGGAUCUAAUCC